AUGUCACGGCGAGUCGUAACGCACAUGUACAAACAACUGGUCGAAUGUGCCGAAACAACUACCAUGCCAUUACUGACAACAGUUCGUGAUAAAAAACAAGUAUAUAAUUCUAAACAACGAAAUUUAACAAGUGCUGAAGAAUUUUUAGCUGUUA